AUGGUGCCCUCGCCGGCGCUGGUCGGAUCACCAUCCGUGUUCCCUCACCAUCAAUCCACCUCAUUCUUCCAAGAAACCGCGAGCUUCUUCAAUCUAGACUGGGAUCGAUUAUGGUGAGCAAAACGUUUUUUAUUUGGUUCUCUCUAACUUUUUGUUUGUGUCUCGCACUUUUUUGCAAAACUAAACUGCCAAAGUGCACUUUUUCGUGAAAAAGAUCAGGUUGCAAUUGUUUUUGACGAAACUGAUCUAUGAGAAAGCAAAAUUUGUCAAAAGCAUCUGAGGGUUACGGUAGGAAGAGGUUCUGCUUCCGCAUUUGUGAGAUUAUGCGAGAGAAAAUUAGUAUUUUUCCAUUUUCCUUCUAAAACAGAUUAGUCAUCCUUUACAAUUCUGAAAUUCUGCAUGUUUUUGAUAACAAGUCUUUGUCAAAUAAGGAUUCCAUAGUUUCUAGCAGUUGAUCCUUGACACAACGACCCAAACUGCCGUAUCCUCUAACCAAAACACAGUUGUUCUCUUCCCAUCCAUCCGUUUUUGCUCUAACUCUUUCUCCCACAAUGCUCUUCACCGAUUUUCGUUGGUUUUGCGCCGUCCGUCCGGAUUGGUCAUCGGAGUAGAAGGAGGAGGAGGGGGGACAGUUCCAAAAAUAUACUCGGGCGCCACGGCGCAAAACCGGCGUUCCUCCCGGGGCGCCCAGUGUGUGAUUCUAAAUUUGGAACAAAGGGUACACACACCCAAACACCGGCAUGCCAAGUCUCUGCUUGACCAAACUAAACUUCUCGGCAGGCUAUUAGGAUGAAUAAGGAACUGAACUGUCUGUCUGUCUGAGUCUGAGUUGGAGGAUGAUGACGACGAACCCGUUCUAUUUACUCUUUAGGCUUUUUCUCGAACUGACUGUGCUCGAGCCCAGACGCUUCUCGGACUACUCUGCGUGACAACACGAGCAAAUAUCAACGCGGUCAGUCAGGGUCAGAAUGACGAGAGCACGAUUCGGUUGUAAAAUUGGAAAUCCACAAUAUCAGAUUUUUUCCUCGUGAAAAGCGUGGAUGCUAAUUCGUGCUUAGUGUAUCAGGGAUUCAGAUGAGAGAGAAAACAUGUUUGCAUGUGUGUGUGUGUUGGCGGGUAACCUGUAUACAUUGUGGUGAUGGGCAUUGCAUGUCAUCUCUCUCUCUCUCUCUCUUUCUCUCUCUUGCCCCGCCGUCAAAUCGGUCUGGCCUGGAGGAUAUAUCAUGCGCACGUAGAAUACAAUACAAUGCAACACAGCUACCCAAAAAACCGUAUGUGGUGGUACCUCCUCCUCCUCCUCCAAGGCACUUUCCGUCUCACCUCAUUCUCCGGACGUCGACCACCUUAUUAUCGAUCCGGAUGAACAGUUUGCGGCGGCGGUGGCCUCCGGACGGCUACGGCACGCGACCUUUUCCUUCAUCUCACCUCGUCAUCUCUUUUCGGGCCACAUCACCAAGUUCUGUUAUAUUAGUAGCGAAAUUCGCACUCUUGCCCUCUAAAAGUUUGGCUCGCCCUCCAGGAACACUUUUUAUCAAAAUUGAAGGCGGUGGCGGCAAGCAGUGAAACACUGAUAAGAAGUCGAGCAUCAAAAUGCUGGAGAAUGACACAACAAGGACUCACCCACACCCCUCCUCCCUUCUCCUUUUAAAGUGUACAUAAAUAUGAUACAUAUCAUUAGUUUUGAAGCAAAACUUUGGGUGGGUGUUUGAGUCCAAUUUAGUUUCAAGCCAAUGUUGACAAAAGUAAACGGCCAAUGACGCUUGGCAUCUUGGUUAAUUAAAAGACGUCUUGAGGCGUGAUUCUCAACUGCUUCUUGUUUUUUCUUCCUUCUUCCUCUUUCUGUGCACCACCCCUAAAACUGGAGUUCCGGUUGGACUCUCUCACAGUUAUUGACUUUCUUACUCAUCUACUUGUACAAUAUUGUUUCUGUUUACGUACUAAUGAUGACUUUGAUUUCAGGCAUUCGCGCUCAAACUCGAAUUCGACCAGCUCGCCGCGGAACUCGCCGUCCCAACUAUCACCACCGAUGGCAGCCACUGCAGCGCUUCGUCGGAGUUCGGAUUACGGUACGUGUUGGUGUUGAAGAGAAGAGAACGGAAGUGACCACCAUGCAAUACUAUUCCAACCACCACACAACCAACUAUUCAUGAUCAAUUCAAUUGAAUGCAAAUAGCGCGAAGCACAGUCAGCGUUUUUUCGUUUUUCGCAUUAUUAAUAUUAUAAUACAGAAAGGGAGAGAGACGCAGAAAUUCUUUCUCACGCCUCAAAGCAUACACCUGUGAAUGAGGAAUUCCGGGGGGUGCGGAACGAACGGGGGGAGAAAAAUGGAAAAGUAAGAGAAGAAGAAGAAGAAGUAGUUGUAGUAGUAGUAGUCGUGCUCAGCUGCUCGUUUAUGUAUGCAUUGUGGCAGCGCUUCUGGGUGUGCGGGUCACCGGAAUCUUUAAUUGGCUCAGAGGAUCUCGACACCACACUUGAUUCUCCACAAAUCCUAGAACACUGUUUCUUAUGUGUUUUCUGUUUUCUAACCAGCGUCAAGUGUCGGUGUUUGAGAGUGAAACGAGCGAGUUAUAAGUAAACCGAGAGUACACACUUCGCGGGGCGCGGUCUUGUUCUUCUCCCUCCGAGACCGUCGUCUCGGGUUAUUGAUUUGGUCAUCAGACCAAAAAGUGUCGGUUUUGCAACGGUUUUCCCAUCUUCCCCCGCAAAAAUCUCAUUAUAUUCACUAUGUCACUGUUGCCAAGCCGUUUACUUUACAGAAAAAGGGUCUUGGUGACUCAUUUUCUAAAUAGACCUUCUCAAGAUGAAGUACUACUCGUUUUGAAGAUUGUGAAAUUUCCAAUAAAAUUGAAAUUCUGUUCACAUUUCCUUUUUGGCGUUCAGCAUAUCAACGAAUCAAAAGAACACUUUUUGUUUGCCUUAAUAACCUGUCAUCACUAUUCGGACCAGCUUUUAAGAUGACGUUGAUUUAAUUAUCGGCCCGAGGAAGACCCUCUCUCUCUCUCUCCCUAAGUAGUGUGUUUCCAAAAGCUUUUGCCGCCGGAAAUAAUGACAUCUUCUACUUUUUCCCUUAAUUUUCUUCCUCCUCCUCCUCCUACUGACCACUCGGAUGAUUUCAAGUGCAGAAAGUGUCAAACAGUCCAAGGCCAGACAGGAAUCAGAUCAGAACACUUUUUUUUUUGCGCCUGGGAACUGACCACUUCAUCCAAAGUAGACCAAAUUCUAGAACUAGAUCAGGAAUUGGAUAAAGUAGAACAUUCUUCCGAGAGAUUAUUGUCCGUUCGCUUUUUCCUUGGAUAGACCAUGUGUGUGAGAAGAAGUGAAAAGUGUACACAUCGUCGUCUUUUUGCGCCCAUCAUCAUCAUCAACAUGAAUUGAUGUCCAUCCAGCAGCAUAAUCUCCCAUCACAAUCUAGAGAGGAUUUUCUGAAAGACGAACGUGGAGGGAUAACAGUUUCUAGAGGGACCAAAACACAGAUGAUCGCUAACCCGAAACAACCAAACAAAAAAAAACGAACUGUCAUGUGUGUGCUUUUGCAUUAACAAAAAACCCGAGAGAACUGAUUAUUCGUAGUCUAUUUUGCGGGUCUCCUCUCUCCUCCCUUCUCUGGUCUGCGUUGCUGCUCAGGGGACAACGCGAGAAGAGAAGGGUCUCCUCCGAAACAAACAAACACCUCUUUCUCCGAUUCUCCCUCUCUCCGCGUUGCCGGUAUUCCGCGUCCGCUCGGUUCACUCAACCCCCGUCCGUUUUGGUGCUAAUUAGCUUCACACAACCGGAUAGUUGGUCUAGCCGCUCCAAUUUUGGUCAAACACUGUUUCAUAAAACUCGCAUAGUCUACUGCACUUUUGAGUAGCUCUCCUAAUCCGAAAUUCCAAUGAUGAUGAAUUAUUUGAAACUGCGCGGGUUUUGGGGGGUUUUACUAUCUUUCCUAUUUUUAUUGUUGGUUCUUUCGUCUUGACAAGACUGGGUUUGUUUCGGAAUAGAGAAAAUGGGGGGGUGUCGUCGUCAUUUGUCAUAUUUGUUGCAUACUACACACUCGUCUCCAUUCCCGGCGCCCCUUUCAUUCUUCCGCUUUCCCCUCUCCCCCGCCUAUCUUUUGUUCAUAUAUGGCCCCAAGUACUGAUUGUUCUCUUCUCUUUUGUCAUGUAAUUGUGAAAAAAAAGGUGGAGCUUUCUAUGGGAGGCGUCAAAGUGGAAACGAAAAACGUUUACUGACUUCUCCAUCUCUCUCUCUCUCUCUCUUUCCAUUCCAUUCCAAUCCAUUCCCAUUUUGUUUGCGUGUUUGUGUGUAUAAAUGGCAAGAGGGCGAAAAGUUGUCCAUUCGUGGUGACAUUUGAAAUGAAAAUGAAAGUGCGUGUAUUGCAGGAUCCGCAGACACCGAGUGUGGCGAGCCGGACAGAUUGUGCGAAACAGGAGGAGUUGGAGCCCCGGUCCCGCUAAAUGAGGUCGAUUUGCUUGCCAAGAUGGAGCAAUUGAACAGGUAUACUGUAGUUUUGAACUGACACAAAAAAAAUCCCCUCCCCCUCUUUUUUGCCUAGGAAGACAAGGCAUCGAUUACGUAUAGUCAUAGGGGAAAAGCAGUUGGUCAAACAUUGAUAUUAUAUUGACCAGCCAGCCAGCCCUAGUUUUUCUCCUAAAUAUUCUUUCGUGAUUGUGAAUCGCAAUCCCAAUCGCAAUCCCAAUCCACGCGUCCGAUUUUUGUUUGACGUUGCAAAUGUUUGCACAACAGUCGCCGUGUACUCUAACUAGAACAAAAAACAUAGAGAUUUGAUGAAAGGGAUGCAAAAAGUAGUAACACAAGAAUGAGUUGCAGAUCCAAUGAGGAGGACGCUCGCAGUCUAGCAUCGAAGAAGACCGGAUCUAGUGGAAGUCGCAAAGGAGCCAGGGAGCAGACACACUCGCCGGAAGAGGAUGAGGUAGGGUUACCAUCUCUUCAAACAUCAUAACCCUUUGUGUCAGUACUUUCAGGAAGAUUUGUGGUCCGUGUGGGGAGAGCUGAUUCUGAACUGGGAAGUCGAGGUCAAGAAGCGACCGAAUCACAUCAAGGAGCUUGUGAAACGUGGAAUUCCUCAGCAUUUCCGUAUGAUUGCCUGGCAGAAUUUGUCGAACGCAUCUGUCUCGAGCGUUCACGACUUAUACAGUGAUUACAUGCGACAAUCAUCGGUUUAUGAGAAGGUAAGAGGAGACUAGAAGCUAGACGUUGAACACACAUCAAAUCUUCAGUUUGUGGUUCAGAUUACGGUACAUCUUGAAUAAUCGAAUCUUGUUUUUUCUUCCAGGUCAUUCAACGCGACAUCCCCCGCACCUACCCAGAGCUCGACUUUUUCAAAGACGGCGAACGAGGCCAGUCCCUACUGUUCAACGUCAUCAAAGCCUACUCGGUGCACGACAAAGAAGUGGGAUACUGUCAAGGGAGUGCCUUCAUCGUCGGUCUUCUCCUCCUCCAGAUGCCAGAAGAGGAGGCGUUUGCCGUCCUCGUCAGCCUUAUGGAGAACUACCGACUUCGCGAGCUCUACAAGCCGACAAUGACCGAUCUGGGGCUGUGCAUGUUCCAACUCGAGUGUCUCGUCCAGGAUCAGAUGCCCGACCUGUACACUCAUUUCAACAAUAUGGGAUUCGACACGUCCAUGUACGCUUCUUCGUGGUUCCUCACUCUUUUCACCACCACACUCCCCUUGGACAUUGCCAACCGGAUCAUGGAUUGUUUCCUGGUCGAAGGAAUGGAUUAUAUCUUUUGCAUAUCCAUUGCCAUCCUUCAACAGGCGCGAAUUGAGCUGCUGAGACUAGAUAUGGAGGGAAUGCUCAAGUACUUCCAGCGAGAAGUCCGCGAACGGUAUGAGAACGACGCGGAUCUGCUGUUCGCUGUUGCCAACCAGGUACAGCUCAAUCAGAAGCGAAUGAAGCGACUGGAAAAGGAUUAUUUGGCGAAGAGAACAAAGGAACAGGAGGAGGCCGUCGAGUUGCGGGUAAGUCAUGGGGGAUCAUAAAAGCCAACCCAUUCAUGCGGUCGUUUCGCUCGCCGCAUAAAGUGAGCACAUGUUUCCGCGAAAAGCACAUCCACGCACAUACACAUACACAUACACAGUGAGAAUGAUGAUCGGGGAGGUGAAAGAAAGAAAGAAAGAAAGAAGGAAAGAAACGCGAGCGGGGAGUAGGUGCUGGAGAGUGAGGCGAAACGACAAAAUUCCGAUUUUUUCGUUGUAUCUCUCUCGGUCUCUUCCGCUGAAUUUUUCCUGUAUAUUGCAUCGCGACUCGUCUUCCUUGUACUCCUGCCCGUGCUGCAUACCUUUCUUUUCUCUUUUUGUGAAAUUUGAUUUGCCGACAAAAAACAAAAGUCUAUUUUAAGCGACAUUCAUUGUCCUUUUCAUUCAUAACACAUCCCGUCCUCAAUUUGUUCGAAAACGCCCAAACUUUUUUGACCAUCAAAAUAGUACGAUGACUAACCUCCCACGCGCGGUCUCUUAUCGUCAAUGCAUAACUGUCCAUCGGCUGUUUUCGCCCAACUCAAAGCUCAAGAAACAUGCUCAGUUUUUUGUUUCGCAAGUAGUGCGCCCACUUCAAGCUUCAGAGCUGCGAAAAAGCAUCAAGAACUGAGUGGUGUCAUUGUUUACCACCGUCACCUUAACUCAAUCAGACAAGUGAUAGUAGUUUUUUUUUUUGAGUCUCGACCAAUCGAUACAAGAAGGAGUGUGACUGACUCAGCAUUGAUCAUUUCCGGUCUUCUUUCUCUUCCUCACUUCUCUUCUUUUUCUUCUUCUUCAACAUCGUCAUCGUCAGCAGCAGCAUCAUCAUUUUCCUUCUUUCCUCCGCCCCAGGUGACUGGCUAGUCGCCUUGUCGUUAUGUGUCGGUCGAGUGUUGUAACAAGACGUUUUUCGCCUGCACCACUAUUCCCCGUUUUCUUCAUUUUGAAACAAAUUGUGUUCUGAGUCACUCGAGUAACUAAGAGGAAAAAAACAGAAACAAAUCAGUUAGGUUUGGUGGGGGCGGAGCUUUGAACCCCGCCCUCGUUUUCAAUAGAUCGACCCCCGAGCGACCGGCGGGCGCCCCUCUCUUUCUCCCUCUCCCUCGAGGGGGCGAAGAACCAGGCAGCUGAAACCACUCUCCAUCCUUCUCUUCCCCAUCCCUCUUUUGCUACUAAUUAUCAUUCCGUCACCUCCCUCUUUCGCUCUUCUUAAUAUUACUUCAUUCAUCUUGAGUGACCAACACAUUACGCCUCGCCCUCCGCUUCUUCGCCCCCCAUUCCCAUUGUUCUGCAAUACUCGUUCCGUCGUCGUCGAACACAUUUUCAUCCUUUCUUCCAGUCAUGAGAACUCGUGCACAAAUUGGAAAGCAGCGGUUCAUUUGGACACGGAAGGUAAUCAAAACGAAACUCCCCCCACUUUUUUUCCCGAAAGUUGAUUGCUGCCAAUCAUCGAUUUCGCCUGGCGCCUGCUGCCUUUUCCGAGAAAUAUUUGUCUUGACAUUUGAUCAUAAAAUAAAAUAGACCAGGGGAGGUUGAGAAAACACCGAAUUGGUCUUUGUAAGUGGUCUCUCUCUCUCUCUCUCCUUCUCAUUUUUCUGUCAAUCCAGAGAGUAGUACAGUACAGUCAACAGAGAAACCGAUUAUAUUAUAAUAUAUAAAUAUAAUACCAAACUUGAACGCUUUUUUUCGAGAUAGGUUAUGUUGACCGAUCGGAAUUCGAAUUCAGUCACCGGCACUAAAUUUUCAUGACCGACUAUACACACAGUUUUGUCGUCGCCCUCUUCCUCCAAUUUCCUGUCUAGGCCAAAACUAGUAUAUGUACAGAAAGGAUGCAUAUUUGGUAAUAAUCUGUGUGAUGCCAAAAAUUUGUCACCCCCCUAUAAGUCUCUCCGGGGCGGUGAAUAAUGAAGGGGACCCACCGACUAAUUCCAUAUGCAUUGGGUGAGCGGCUCUUUGCUUUUUGCUUCUUUCGUAACUGACAAAUGGGUUCAGUUUGGUGGUUGUUUGUCAAUGCCCGGAAGGCUGUAUGAGGGGAGCGGUGAGACAAAUCAUCAUCAUUAGUUAUAUUACACACUUUUGAUCGCAGCUCCUCCGACAAGCUCCUGAGAAGAACACAUGUUGAGGAGGAGUUCUGGUGUGAGUCUGUUUGAACGCAGCGCCACCUUUUUGCUUUUGCUCCAACAAACAUUAAGACAUACGUGUGAGCGCGCAAACAGUGUACAAGACCCGGCGGGUCACGAGUGGAGGGAUUUCUUGAACUUGAACGUAUCCAAUUUCAGCGUCUUCGUACCGAGAAUCGUCUUCUGCGUCAACGCAUCGAUUAUCUGGAAGCUGAAUCUUCGGCGCUCGCUGAUCGUUUGGUGAAAGGACAGGUAAGGACCGGAAUAGGGAUAAUCUGUCAUUUGGAAGAAGAGGUGGUAGUUUUUUUCCUCUAAAAUCGAACAAAAACACUUUGAUUAGUUACCAGCCAGCAAAAAAAACCGGUCCGAGUGGCUAUUUCCAAUUUUUUUUCAGGUGAACCUCGCCCAGGAGGCUGAGAACUACAUCAGCAUUGCGCAUGAGCUAAACAAGUUGCGCGACAUGAACUCUGAUGUUCACCGCAAACUGGAGGGCGCCUAUGAGACUAUCAGGUGAGUAUACGAUGGGGGCAAAGAGAAGUUUUCCUUUCUUUCCACUUCCUCAACUAGUCUGUCCGUGUUACCAUGAGAGAGAAAGAGAGGGGGGAAUCUCUGACGUGUACAAACAAUGCGGGCCAAGCGAGGUUUCUUGGUCUUUUUGGGCGUGUGCGAGGGAGAGAAGAUAGAUGUUAUCAAUCAGUUCCUUUUGAAAUUUCGAAAUCCGAUGUGGAAUGGCUAUCCGCGCAGAAUCAAAUCACCAUUCGUCUAAUUUGAUUGAUCUGCGGUCAGAGACGCCCGACAAAAGAUAUGAUAGCGCGAGAUGAAAGGGGGCUACUCCACCCACACACUGAUAUGUAUAUACGUCUUUGAAAUGCGAUACCACAAGCUCACGUCAGAGGGGAUAUCAGAACAAUUGUUGCUCUUAAUAUUAUUAUAAUAAUUAUUAUUAUUGUUGUUGCAGAGAGUUGUCCAGUACCCGCCGCGACAACAUUCAGGAGACGGGAACACAAGUGGACGACACGUCAAUGAUCGAGCACAUUCAUUCGCUUCAGCAGGAGCUCAUCGAGGCACACACCCGUCAGGCGGAUAGUGAGAACACGUUGAGAGACACCAAGCUGAGAGUCUCGGUGAGCAAUACUGAAAAAACGAAUCGCGGGCAUCUUGAAACUAGGCAUUUUGAAACCGCGACGUUUCAAAAGCAAAAGUUUGCCACUUUUGUUAGUCUUGGUCUAAUGACGUCAAGAUUUGCAAAGUUUUGAUAUCGAAACCUACUUUUCUCGCGGAAACUUGCCUGAUACAGGUUACCAGCGCACUUUUCAAGGACAAAUUAGUUGAUAAUGGAGAUUUAAUAGGUCAGAUUUCGACAAAAAGUAGAGUACCAUCUCUCGAUCUGGUAGACCAGUUCUACACAAUACAAAACAGUGUCAAUUAGUAUCGCUAAUUCGCCCGUAGCCCACUCAAGCAUAAGACAUAUUGCAAAAAUGGGACUCAUACCUUCCUUACCCCAUCAAAAUGCAAAUGACUCUUUUUUGCAGGAGCUCGAAAUGGCGAACAAGCGACUGCUGGAGAACGAGCCGUCCGAGGAUGUGGCUGGCCUUCAGGAGGAGCUGAUUUCAGUGAAGAUGCGCGAGGCGGAGAGCUCUUUAGCUCUCAAGGAUAUGCGGCAACGUUUGGCUGAGCUUGAGCAGCACUGGGCGGUAGGAUCAAGUCGUGAAGUUCAAUUUUUAUGCGAUGAAAUAUUUUCAGAAAUACGUUCAUGUCCGUGCGUUCGACCCGUCGUCGGCAUCCAUCGAGAAGGAUUCGACUUCCGACGUGACGCCACCGCAGCAGCCAUCCCCGCCGCUCACUUCUGCUCGUGCACGUCUCGCAAAAAUCACCGCCUCGCUCAUUGGCGGAUCCACGGAAGAACCGGAGCACUGCAUCAGUGUCCGCGAACUUGAGGAUCAACUGAUGGGAGUUCGUAUCAAGGAGGCCGACACACUUGCAGAGCUGAAGGAGAUGCGCCAGAAGGUUAUGGAGCUUGAAACUCAGAACCACGUAUGCACCAACCAGUUGAAGCGACAGGACGAGGAAAUGAAGCGAGUGCGCGAGGAGUCGGAGACGUUGGUGAAGAAGAGGAAAGAGCUGGAGAACGAUUUGAAAGAGGAGAAAGAGAAGAUGGCGAACAAGGAGAGUGAGGUCAACGAGCAGCGCAUUAACGACAGGCUCAAGUACUCAGAAGCCAUGCAGACGAUCCAAGACCUUCGCAGCAGCAUUUCACAGCUCGAGCUCAAGAAAGCCGAGAAAUGGACUCAGAAUCAGUUAAGAGGCAGCAGUGUCUGUGAUCUCGAUGAGGAUUCGGUAAGUUCACCAUCUGACUUAUAAUCCCAACUAUCUUGUUUUUCAGAACUCGCACGGCUCGAUUUGCUCCAACGUGGACCAUCUCUCGUUGGCCUCCGACGAAAUGAACGCGUUGAUCGCUGACAUGACAGUCCGCAUUCCGACGCUUGACGAGCUCGCCGAAGAGGGAUCCGCCACCGAGACGGAUGAACUCCGUCCGAAGGUAAACUAGCAGAAAUUAUCAGAUCACUUACCCCUCUGUCAGUUAUUUUAGGAGCUCAACGAUGGCAACGAUACGACCGAUUCUGGCGUUCAGCUCUCCGAUGGACAGUAA